AUGAAUAAGCUUUCAUUGCAAAUUCGUUCAUGGAAAUUGCGAACCGACCUCAGUAGACAGAUUUCUGUUGUUGAACUCAUUUCUGUUAUUAGGAAUAAAUUCUGGGCACCAGUCUUUGAGAAGAUGUCGCUUCUAGUCAAAAGCUUCAAGCUACCAGCCCCAGCGCUCACAGCGGCCGCAGCGGUUUCUCAACGUCGUAUGAACAGUGGUGGUGAUGUGACAUUUCAUACAAAGGGGUACAAAUUGCACAAACUCGACCAAGGUCCCAGCACUACGGUCACCUUGAAUAGCAAAGACGCACUACUCUUCUACAGGCAGAUGCAGCUUAUCCGACGUAUGGAGUCAGCCGCUUCGAAUCUGUAUAAGGAGAAGAAGAUUGGUGGUUUCUGCCAUCUGUACUCCGGGCAGGAAGCUUGUGCUGUUGGCACAAAAGCGGCUAUGGAGGAGGGUGAUGCCGUAAUCACCUCAUAUCGUUGCCAUGGGUGGACCCUGUUGCACGGCGCUACUGUAGCGCAAGUUCUGUCAGAGCUCACCGGAAGGCAGACUGGAAUCGUACAUGGAAAGGGAGGUUCCAUGCACAUGUUUGAGAAAGAUUUCUUUGGUGGAAAUGGCAUCGUUGGUGCCCAGCAGCCGUUGGGUACAGGAAUUGCGUUCGCCAUGAAAUACAGAAAGCAAAAGAACAUUUGUUUGACGUUCUACGGAGAUGGCGCCGCCAACCAGGGUCAACUCUAUGAGUCUGCAAACAUGGCCAUGCUCUGGAAUCUUCCUGUUGUAUAUGUAUGUGAAAAUAACGGAUUCGGUAUGGGAACACAGGCUGAGAGAUCAUCCGCCUCAACCGAUUACUAUAUGAGAGGCGAUUUCGUUCCCGGCGUCUGGGUUGAUGGUAUGGAUGUGUUAGCGGUUCGUGAAGCGAUUCGUUGGUCGAAGGAGUACUGUAAC